CAGAUUUAAAUGUCAGCGCUUUCUAUCCCGACAGCUGCGGAUUUAAAACAACAACAAUAACAACAAAAACACCUGCAAGUGCCAUCCAGCUGGCCCUCCGAGUCCUCGGUCCUGAGGGCGGACUAAGGGACUUGAGCUUCCUUGGACUUUGGUAUGCCAGGGGGCCUGAACCCAUCCCCCACAGACACGGAACGGGACUGUGGGCCUUCCUCCCACCUUACAGGGCUGGCAUUGGCGUGAGCAGGUGCAGUCAGCACGAGACAAAUCCAGCUGAAGAUGAAGCUUCUGGAAGAUUGAAGCUCAAACCUGCCUCUGUUGAGAGCCAUCUCUGUGUCUGAAUCAAGAAGAGGCCUUUAUUGGCUUACAGACUCUGACAGGCCUGCAUUGACGAGAACUUCGACAUGGUGAAGUUCCUGGUGGAGAACAGAGCCGACAUGAACCGGCAGGACAACGAGGGCUGGACGCCCCUGCACGCGGCGGCGUCCUGCGGCUACCUGAACAUCGCCGAGUACUUCCUCAGCCACGGAGCCAGCGUGAGCAUCGUCAACAGUGAAGGGGAGGUGCCCUCCGACCUGGCGGAGGAGCCGGCCAUGAAGGACCUUCUUCUGGAGCAAGUGAAGAAGCAAGGGGUGGACCUGGAGCAGGCGCGGAAGGAGGAGGAGCAGCAGAUGCUGCAGGACUCCAGGCAGUGGCUCAACAGUGGAAAGAUCGAGGACACCAGGCAGGCUCGCUCGGGGGCCACCGCCCUGCACGUGGCAGCCGCCAAGGGCUACUCCGAGGUCCUCAGACUGUUGAUUCAGGCUGGCUAUGACCUGGACGUGCAGGACCAUGACGGCUGGACGCCCCUCCACGCUGCCGCGCACUGGGGCGUGAAGGAGGCCUGCUCCAUCCUGGCCGAGGCCCUCUGCAACAUGGAUGUCAGAAACAAGCUGGGCCAGACGCCGUUCGAUGUGGCUGAUGAGGGCGUCGUGGAGCACCUGGAGAUGCUGCAGAAGCAGCAGAGUGUGCUUCGAAGUGAAAAAGAGACGCGGAAGAAGCUCAUUGAGUCGGGCCUGAACAGCAGGUUGCAGGGUGGCCUCUUUAAGAACAAAGAGAAGAUGCUGUAUGAGGAGGAGACGCCCAAGUCCCACGAAACAGAGGAAGAAAGCAAGGAGUCCAGCAGCUCCAGCUCGGAGGAGGAGGGCGAAGAUGAAGCGUCCGAGUCUGAGACUGAGAAGGAGGCAGCCACAGAUCGGAAGCCGGAGGCUGUUGUCAACCAUUCCAGCUCGGAAAGCAAGGGCCACGUCCUGGAGCAGACACUGGCCCCCGCUCAGACACCAGCCCCCUCAGCCAGGAGGAUCGCCAGCCUUUUUAACAAGCUGGAAGAGCCCAAAGACGAGUCGCCUUCCUCAUGGCGCCUGGGACUUAGGAAGACUGGCAGCCACAACACAUUGAGUGCCGUGGCCGACACCCGGGAGGCUGCGAGGGACCGGGGCUCCGCCCUCUCCCGCUCGGCGUCCAGCCCUCGCAUCUCCGCUCUGCUGGACAACAGAGACAAGGAGAGGGAGAGCAGAAGCUACCUCAGCUCCCUGGCGCCCCGGAGGCUCAGCAGCACGAGCGACGCUGAGGAGAAGGAGAACAGAGAAUCGGCUGUAAACCUGGUGAGAAGUGGCUCGUACACUCGGCAGCUGCGGAGGGAUGAAGCCAAGGGGAGCGAGACGCCGCAGACCACGGCCCCUUCCACCUACGUGUCCACCUACCUGAAAAGGGCUCCUCACAGGUCCCCGGCCGACUCCACAGCGGAGAAAGCAGACAGCGUCUCCUCGAGCACCCCUCUGUGUGUGAUCACCAACCGCCCCCCGCCCAGCACUGCCAACGGCGUCACCAGUGCGCCUCUGCUGUCCACGCCUGGGCCGGACUCCUCCGUGGAAGCCAGGGAGAGACGGAGGUCGUAUCUGACGCCCGUCCGUGAUGAGGAGGCCGAGUCUCUGCGGAAAGCACGCUCCAGGCAAGCCCGGCAGACCCGGAGGUCGACGCAGGGAGUGACCCUGACAGACCUGCAGGAGGCAGAGAGGACCUUCAGCCGGUCUCGGGCGGAGCGGCAGGCUCAGGACCAGCCUGGCCAGAAGCUGGGUACCGAAGGGCUGGAGGGCCGCGCCGAGAGGCAUGAGACGUCCACACUCCCCGCCAAGGACACCGGGGAAGGCCGCCAGCCCUGGAGCCGGGGUCAGGAGGAAGAGCCUGCGUGCCGUCGCCUGAGGGGUGCAGCUCAGCCAGACAAGCCCACCACCGCCGUGUCCCCGACCACCUCAAGACCCACCCUCUACACCAGCUCCCACCUACUACGGACGAGCGGGCCGGCAGCCCCUGACGCUGAGAGCUCAGAGGCCAAGGACAUGGACAGAGACGAGAGCGAAGAGGCAGGUGUGGACGACCCGUGCGCCGGUGGGCUGUCCGUCCGUGAGCGGAGGCGGCCCCGGGAGCGGCGGAGGGGCACGGGCAUCAGCUUCUGGACGAAGGACGAGGAGGAAGCUGAUGGCUCUGAAGAGGUGAAGGAAGCGAGGGUAAGUGACAGCCAGCGAGGGUGUCCCCGGGCCUGCUCACACGCACACCUCACGCAGGAGGCCAGGCCGCGCAGAGCCGGCCGCGGGCGAGGGAGAGAGAGCGUCCUCGGGCGCAGGCAGGGUCGGUGCUGUGACGCCCGUGAACAGUCUCCUCCGCUUCCCGCCUCCUGCGACGGGCAGCAGCUGCAGGCUGCCUCCCGCCCUCUCGUGAUGGCGCCCCUGGGGGCAUCUCUGAGUCUUUAGCUGGGAGUGGAGACGGCACUGGCACUGCGUCUGUUUGUCACCAGCAUUUGGAUGUGGAGAGGGGCUCUGGCUGGAGGCUGCCUCUGCUCCCGGUUGCGACAGGCAGGCCUGCCCUGCGUCGCUGUAGGGCACGAGGCGUGGUGCUGAGACGGUGGAGACUUUGCUUAGUCUGCCUCGUGCCUGGUGUGGCAAAGCCUGUCCCCAUUGGUCGCUUCAGGAGCCAGUGAGACCGGGAACACACCGCCAACGGGUGUGUGGGCAGCCCGGCUGGUGGCUGUCACAUCCGGUGUGCAGCCCGCAGGUGUCCGGAUGGCCUUCCCUCGCUCGGUGAAGGAGAAGUGAGCCCGCGUCCUAAGGUGGGGAAGGCUGUUGUGAGAACACGCUGGCAGUGAGGAGCGUCUGUCUCCUGUG